AUGUCUGGGGAACUGAAAAAGGAGAUGUUCACUGCUGAAGACAUGUAUCAGAAAUUUCAAGACAAGACAGGAAAGCGUUUGGGUCAUGGAAAAGCUGGUUUUGACAAAUCCAAACUCAGGUGCUAUAACUGCAAGAAUCUAGGACAUUUCAAGCGUGAUUGUCCUCUGUUGAAAGAAGGAAACAGUGAAGCCACUCCUGCUGUUAAGCAAAUCACAGUUGAAGAAAACAAGAACAAUGCGUCUCCUAGCACACCAAAAGCUUUAGUGAGUGAAGAAAUUAAUGAAGCAAAGGAGCAAGUCAACAAAGCCCUGAUGGCCAAGAUCUCAAGUGAAACCUCUCCAAAGCAGUUUGAGAAGCAGACAGCUGGAAUUCCAAAAGGAGACAAUACUGUUGACAAAGGUUUGAAAAGCAUUCUGACCUCAGUGGAGCCUGAAAAGGAGAAAAAGUGUGGUCAAGCAGAGGAGCAUGUUUCGAACGAGGCAUCUGAGAAGGGAAAGGAAAAGGUCCCAGCAGCCGCAAUGAAAGCAGAUUCGUCAAAAGAGAAGGCUGACAAGGACUUGGGCCAUGUGCCUACAUUUGAGACCUGUGAUCGUGAACAUUGUGUGUCUGAAUGUCAUGAUUUGAAUUAUGCGUGUUGUGAUGAUAAAGUUGCCUGUAAAUCUCCUGUAUUUGUGCCAGAAUUGAAAAAGAAUAGUUUCGGAAAAUUCCUCACAGAGGAAAUUCCCGAAUUUAUUCCUUCUAGAACAGGUGUGAUAGAUUCAGAAAAGAGUGUCUCUGAAGAUCAUGGCAAUGAAGAUUCAAACUUUACUGCCUCAGAAGACGAGCAAGGAUCAGAAAGUUCAAGUGAAGAUCAAUCCACCAAUGAUGAAAGCUCCGAAUGUUCAAGUUCUGAAACCAUUGAAGAUCAAGAUUUAGAAAGUCCAAACAAAGAUCAAAGUUACAAUGAGUCAAGUUACGAAGCAAGUGAAGAGCAAAGCUCAAGUGAGGACAACAUGUCUGAAAGCUCAUCCGAUUCAGACAAUGAUGAAAAAUACUCAGAAGAUGAAAGCAGAAAUAAACUGCAGAAAUGGCUUCGGAUGCUCAUGGAAUACAUCUGGCAUGUGGACAGCGGAUGUUCGAGACACAUGACUGGAUUGAAGGAACUUCUGAAGAACUUUUGCUUCAUUGAUGGUGAUUUCGUAUCUUUCGCUGGAGACGAGAAAGGAGGAAAGAUCGUUGGAGUUGGAGAUGUAGUAUCUGAAGCCCUCACGUUGGAGAACGUUAACUACGUUCCAGAAUUGUGUUACAAUCUUUUGAGUGUCUCACAAGUCUAUGACUUCUCUCGGUUUUCAUGGGUCUAUUUUCUUGAAGCAAAAAGCGAGACAGCUGAAGUUCUCAAAACAUUCAUCCCGCUGAUUGAAAAUGUGACCAAAUUGAAAGUGAAGUCAAUCAGAAGUGACAAUGGGUCCGAGUUCAAAAAUCAGACCUUCAUAUCUUUCUGUGCUGAAAAGGGAAUUCAUCUUCAAUACAGUGCAGCCAGAACUCCCCAACAAAAUGGAGUUGCUGAACGUAAGAAUAGACGCUGA